AUGGACAGCAACAACACUCAAGUAAUCAACCAGUUCCUUCACUUAUGCGAAGAGACAGAUUCUCACGCCGGUGGAAUAAAAGCCGUGGUCUGGACCGAUCUCAUUCAGGUUACAGUCAUGCUGGGAGGUCUUAUCUGCGUCCUGGCUUUUGGUGCAAAUCAAAGCGGUGGUAUGGCGGAGGUCUGGCGGAUCGCCGGCGAAGGCGGCCGCUUAAAUAUACUUGAUCUCAAUCCAGACCCCUUUGUUCGGCAAUCAACAUGGACUCUGGCGAUUGGUGGUGCUGGUAUGGUCCUCAGUAUCUAUGCCACCAACCAGACUCAAGUUCAGCGCUAUCUCGCCUGUAAAGACCUAAGAACAGCUCGAAUGUAA